AUGGCAUAUACUGGGGCCCGGGACGGAAUUCAGUACCAGCCCAGAAUUUGUAUCAUUUGUGGGAACGUCGAUGGUUUUGAAGGAGUUUCUUUGCACAGGUUUCCAGCGAACGAUGAAUUUAGACGUUUGUGGAGAUUAUUCGUUGAGAACAAUGGGGUGAAUGUGCAACUGAUCGUAAACUCCUCGAAACUGUGUUCAAGGCAUUUUGUGCCUGGUCUUGACUACAGAGAAACCCGUGAUCGUCGUCGUUUGUUUAACAGAGCAGUGCCCUCUUUAGUAAGUGAUAUAUAA